AUGUCGUCUCUUCUCGACGCCGUUAUCCGCUCGGAUAACGAUCAACUUGAAUCACGCACACCCACUGCUCAAUCCACUGGAAGACCUGCCUCUCGUCCACGAGGCCCGCCCUCUGUGAGCACCCCCGGCCUGGGUAGCGAUGCUUUUGCCUAUGGAGACGAUGAAGUCGUUGGUGUGCGAGGCAGCCGAAGGGGUCCCUCUACAGCUGGUCCACGCCCAGAAGUCGAACAGGUCAUGGACACGACCGCCGAGAGACUAGCUCAGGAGUUCGAGCACUUCCUCAACACCUUCACCGAAGAGCCCAUCUCGUCCGCCCUGGCCCCUGCCUCCAGUGCUGCCACCACCGACAGAUACUACGUCGAGCAGAUCAAAGGUCUGGCCCGUUAUUCACUGUCCACCCUGUACGUCGACUACAGGCAUCUCGACGCAGCCAAGCCCGUCCUCGCCCAAGCCAUUCAGCAAGACUUCUACCGCUACCACCCCUACAUGAUUCGCGCCCUGCACAAUUCAAUUGCUCUCCACGCUCCUCGCUAUUUCCGCCAGCAUCGUCAACCGGGCUCUUCGGCUCCAAACACUUCAGAUGCCUCCAUCGACGGCCACGAUGAUUCCACCCAUCACAAAACCGCCAAUCAACAGACUGACAAAGUCUUCACCCUUGCUUUCUACAACCUUCCCCUAGUCUCACGCGUCCGCCAGCUACGCACCAGCCAGAUUGGCUCCCUCCUUUCCAUCUCAGGCACCGUGACUCGCACAUCUGAAGUUCGUCCCGAACUUUCGCUAGCAACCUUUGUUUGCGAGAUCUGCAACACCCUUGUCCCAAAUGUCGAGCAAAUCUUCCGCUACUCGGAGCCCACUCAAUGCCCCAACUUGACUUGCGGUAAUCGUCAAGCAUGGCGUUUGGACAUCCGCCAAAGCACCUUCGUCGAUUGGCAAAAAGUCCGCAUUCAAGAGAACAGUUCCGAGAUCCCCACUGGCAGCAUGCCCAGAACUAUGGACGUUAUCUUACGUGGCGAAAUGGUCGACCGUGCAAAGGCUGGUGAAAAGUGUAUCUUCACCGGCACUCUUAUCGUUGUGCCUGAUGUCAGCCAGUUCAGAGUUCCCGGUCAGCGUCCGCAAGCCACUCGUGACACCAGCUCUGCUCCCAGAGGCUCCGAAGCUGGCGGCAGUGGUGUAGGUGGUCUCAAGGCUCUGGGUGUGCGCGAACUCACCUACCGCAUGGCUUUCCUGGCCAACAUGGUCACUCCUGACGCUUCCACAGCUGGCCAAGCCUCUACUCAACAGCUCAGAGGUCAAGCUACAAACAUCAUGAGCUCGCUCAACCAGGCAAAGAACGCCGACAUGGACAAGAUCGGCGAAGACGCUCAGUCCGAGUACUUAGCCUCGCUCAGUCCAAAUGAGAUCAACGAGCUGAAGACCAUGGUUCACAGUCCAAACAUUUUUAUGCGCCUAGUUGAUUCCAUUGCCCCUAUGAUCUAUGGUCAUACUGUCGUUAAGAAGGGGCUACUCUUACAACUCAUGGGUGGUGUGAGCAAGUCUACCCCUGAAGGAAUGGCUCUUCGUGGAGACAUUAACAUUUGCAUUGUGGGCGAUCCCAGUACCAGCAAAUCGCAGUUCCUCAAGUACAUUUGCUCAUUCAUCCCUCGCGCCGUCUACACCUCUGGCAAAGCUUCUUCGGCCGCUGGUCUCACGGCUGCCGUUGUCAAAGAUGAGGAAACUGGAGAAUUCACCAUCGAGGCCGGUGCGCUGAUGCUUGCCGAUAACGGCAUUUGUGCUAUCGAUGAGUUCGACAAGAUGGACAUCGCCGAUCAAGUCGCUAUCCACGAAGCCAUGGAGCAACAGACCAUCUCGAUCGCCAAGGCAGGCAUCCAGGCUACCUUGAACGCUCGUACUUCCAUCCUCGCAGCCGCUAACCCAGUGGGUGGUCGUUACAACCGCAAGACUACCCUCCGAGCCAACAUCAACAUGAGUGCUCCGAUCAUGUCUCGUUUUGAUCUCUUCUUUGUCGUUCUCGAUGAGUGUAACGAAGCCGUUGACAGGAAAUUGGCACAACACAUUGUUGAUGUUCACCGCCUGCGCGACAAUGCCGUUGAGCCUGAGUUCAGUACCGAGACCCUUCAACGUUACAUUCGUUUUGCACGCCUUUUCCAACCAGUGUUUACCGACGAAGCCAAGGCCACUCUGGUUGAGAGAUACAAGGAGCUGCGUGCCGACGAUUCACAGGGUGGCGUUGGCAAGAACUCCUAUAGAAUCACUGUAAGACAGCUUGAAAGUAUGAUUCGCUUGAGCGAAGCUAUCGCAAAGGCAAACUGUGUCGAUGAGGUCACCCCUGAAUUUGUCAAUGAGGCUUUCCAGCUUCUGAGGCAGAGUAUUAUCAGUGUCGAAAAAGACGACAUCGAUAUCGACGACGAGAACAUCGAUCAACUUCAGGAGGAUAUCAUUGCAGCUGCCGAGCAGGAUGAGGAGCUGGAUGCCAUCAUGGGUGACGACGCACCUGUUCCAAGACAGAAAACGACUAUUACAGCCGAGGAAUAUCGUGAGAUGGUCAACAGCCUGGUCAGCAGAGUCUACACAGACCAUGAACAAGACGAAGAUGGUGUUGAAGAGGAAGAACUUAUUCUCUGGUACACCGAGACAAGAGAACAAGACAUAGAAAGUGCCGAGGGAAUCCAAGCCAUGGCCGACAAGACAAGGAAAGUCUUGAAGAAAAUGGUCAAAGAUAACAUACUCCUGCGUAUUCGUGGCGAAAUUCGCGAAGACGAAUCUGGCACAAGUCCAAUGCAGAACGAGAGGCUUUUCUACAUUGUGCAUCCAAACUGCGAUAUCGAAGAGAUGGGAAUUCACGAUGUGUAA